GACGCCGUCGACUUUUCGACGCGCGUCGCUUCCAUCGUCUCGUCGUCGAUCGGCGUGGCGGUCGACGCGCCGCUCGAGCCGGAGAUUGAGGUGCAGGAUGACGCGGAGGACAUGGAUGCCGAGGAGAGCACCGACAAGGACGAGGUCUGA